AUGUCCGGUCGCACGCUCGGCGGUGGGCGCAUCCUGGGCAGCGGCAAGGGCCUCGCACCACCCACCCCUCCCGCCAGCAAUGGGAUCCCUCAUCCUCAGCGCUCCGUCAGUCCCUUUGCUCCGAGGUCCGAAAGCACCGUCUCGAUCGGCUCGGUGUCCAUGUCCCCGCCUGCGACAGGGAGCUCGCCCGAUGCUUUCUUUUCGCAGCAGGACCUCGGAUCCAGCAUCAGCGUUGGCGCUACAUCCAAAGGAGCAGCAGCCGACAGCUCGGCGCUGGUGUGCCCGAUAUGCAACGAAGAGAUGAUGACACUGCUACAAUUAAACCGACACAUCGACGACAACCAUCAGGAGCUACCAGAGGAGGAACAAGACGAAGUAAAGACUUGGUUCGACAAACAGGUCUCGAAAGCGAAGCGAUUCCAGCCUUUGUCCUUGAUCAACCAGAAGCUGCGCGGCCUCGAGGUCUUUGAGUCAAACGAGAUCUCACCAGCACCUGUACCGCAUCAUGGGCCGGUCGCAGCUGGGAAGCUACCUCUCGAAGGAGCGGUUGACCCAGACGAACUCAUCACGCGGAAACAUUGGCAGCGCACAACGAUGGACGAUCACUGUACGGACCCGGCAUGCGGACGAAAUCUUGGUCCCAUCACCGGCAGUAUCAAUUGUCGGCAUUGUGGACUGCUCUUCUGCGAGGAACAUACCAUGUAUCAGAUGAAGCUCAGUCGGAGCGCGAAGCAUGAGCCUGUUCGAGGAUACUGGGCGCGGGUUUGCGAGACGUGUUACAAAUCAAGAGAAGGAUAUAAUGACCAUAAUGGCCUGGUGGUGGACCACACGAGCGCUUUCGCCGCCAUUCGAAGGGAACGGGUGGAGCGGCACACAUUGGAAGUUUCCAGGCUGGAAAAGAGACUGACCAAGCUGACACAAAUACUGGCCAACCCACCAGAGCGCCUGGCAUCCAAUGGAUCGAUACUCUCGCCAGUCACCAAUCUGGCUGGCCAGAAAAAUACAAGGAAACUGCUCGAGCAGUCGGUUGUCACCUGGGAAGACGACAGCACGGUCCCGAAAUGCCCGUGGUGUCAGCAAGAAUUCGGCUCGUGGACUUUUAGAAGGCACCAUUGUCGGAUUUGCGGUCGUGUGGUGUGCGCGGAUCCGCAGACGGCAUGUUCAUCAGAGGUUGGACUGAGCGUGGCAGCUGGUGGGAAGAACGGCUCGACGGAGAAGUCGGAAUCGACGGUCGGUAUAGACGUGAGAAUGUGUCGCGAUUGCAAGCACACAAUCUUCUCGUCGCGCGAGUUUGCGGUGUCGUUAGCACAUAAACCCCCCGACCAACGUGCGUACGAGACGCUUCGCCAAUUCGAACGGGGCAUCCGAUCACUACUGCCCACCUUUCACCGCACUCUGCUGGCAUUACAGCCUCAAACCACGAGCUCGGGUGAAGUGGACCUCUCGAAGCCGCCGCCGACUCAUGCCCAGAUCCAAGAAGCUGCCAAAAUACGGAAACGCUUGGUCGAUAGCUUUAGUAAAUACGGCUUGGCGGCGAAACGGAUGCGUGAUCUCGAGGGCGGACCGCAGCAGAAGAAGCUGCAAAUGGGCGUGUAUACAUACGCGAGCUCCUUUCUGCACGUCAACAUGUUACCUCUGAAGUCGCUGCCUUCACUCCUCCGCUCGUCGUCCAGGACAUCGCAGCCAGCAAGGCUCAUGUCCCCGAGCGGCAAUGGCCCAUCCGGUCUGCGGCAUUCACAGGUCGCCACACCGUCCGACCUGCAGUCCGACGUGUCAGAAGACCAAGCCAGCACCAUCGUGUCCACUCUGGAGUCGGAGGAGAAGACGCUCAGGGAGCGGCUCGUCGUGCUGGAGGAGCAAAAAUUCAUGGUCGAGGAGAUGCUGCGCGGUGCAACGAAGGGUCGGCGAUUCGAGGAGAUCAGCGCAUUGACGCGGAACCAAGAGGAGCUGGACGCUGAGAUUAGCGACGUCCGAGGCAAAGUGGGCGAGUUGGAAGACCGCUUUGCAGGUGUCUACACGGAUGCCGGCUGA